CAAAUCUUACGAAAAGAUAUAGGAAAUCCGUUAAAGUAGACUUUCACCUAGUCUUUAACAAUCACUCUGGUCAUAAAAUUGUUUCUCUGAUUCAUCAAGAUGCUAAUGUAAUGGGAGUAACUA